UCAUCGAGAGAUUGAUCCAAGAUGGAGGAGCAGAAUGUCAACAAAAUAAAAUCAUGGGUGGAAAAAAUUCAACUUUUGAUGAAGAGAGUGGAUACACAAACAGUACUGCAGACAAUGAACAUGAGAGAAGGCUGGAUAAAACAGUCCAUCUUGUACCAGGGAAACGCAAUGCCCCAGAUAGGAUAACAGAUCUUGCACGUUACAUGAAUGUAGAAUCGAGAAAACGAUCCGAAGUUGCAAAGAAUGAAUACAAUUACACGAAGGAAAGUGUUCAGCUUGUAAAGCACAUGUUUAAAAAGAUGGACCCUUCAGUAAUGAAAACCACAGUUGAUGUGAUGGGAGAUCUUCAGUUGUCCUUCAAGUAUGAUUUUGCCAGAGGCCUACUGCUGCUGAAAGUUCUGAAGGCAAGAGAACUUGUCUGUAAAGACCCAAGAACAAAAAGUGCAGAUCCUUAUGUGAAGUUAAGUAUUCUGUUUUCUGAUGGUUCCCAAGAGUUCCACUGUCAGACAAAUGCAGCAAAACGCACCUUGAAUCCUGUCUUCAAUGAGAUCUUUACAUUCAAACUCACGCCUGAAGAUUUAAAGCAAAGCCGUAUUAUUUGUCAUAUCUGGGACCGUGAUAUUCUGGGUAAAGAUGACUUCAUGGGAGAAGGGGUGGUCCAUUUAGCUGCUUUCAACUUUGAGGAGACUCCAGUAUACACAGCCUGGUACAAUCUACAGAUGGAGACUGACUUUUCGAUCACUGGGGACAUAGAGGUAGAGUUGAAAUACAAGUUGCCCCAGACAUUGGCUAUAAAUGUAGUGAGGGCGUCAGGGCUGGUACAGAGAGACCCUGAAAGACCUCCAGACCCUUAUGUCAAGAUUAUGAUCCCAGGCGUGCAAACUAUACAUAAAACACAGAUUGCCUUGGAUACAGUGAACCCAGAGUGGGAUGAAGAGUAUGACUUCCUAGUGCCCCUUGAUGAGUUCAGUCAAAGGUAUGUGAUCUUACAUGUACUGGACAAGGCAUGUGUUGGGGAAGACUCUCUGGGUCAGGUGAUCAUUGACUUAGACAACUUUGACCACGAGCUUGGCUACAGAGGCUCCUUUCAGCUAGAAGAUUUGAAAAACAGCGAUCGGCUUCGCAGUAAGUGGUUCCAGCAUGCAACAGUGCAAGAGUUCCGAGAGGCAUUAUUAGCACAUGCCGCAUUCAAACAACCAAAUUUCCUGUUCUCAAAACAGGGAGGGAACAAGGUGAUAACUGUGAAAAGUCGUAAAGCAGGGGCCAUCGCCAAGCUUAGAAUUGUCGAUGGUAUUCCGGUUUACUAAAUUGAACGACAUCCAAAUCAGCAGUUCCAAUGAAUUAAAGAAUCAGUUUCUACAGCAUUGAAAUAUUCAAAAGAACAUUGUUUAGACGCCAGUGAGUGAUUCCGUCCAUUUACUAGGGACUGUCUAAAAGUUCAUAUAAUACGUGUAUAGAACUUUGAGACCUCCCCUUUAUUAACAUAAAUAGUACCUGUUAAAUGUUAUAUAUUUUUUAGAUUAGGACUUUAUUGUAAUAUAAGCUAUUUAUGGUACUAAUGUAGAGUAAGCACAUUUAUUUGCAUGAUUGUUACAUUUAUAUGCCACAAUACAUUUGUUGCAAGAAUGAUGCUUAGUCUUGCAUCAACACACUGUGAUGCAAGACUUAUCAUGUGUUUAAUUGGGGACCAAAAUUACAAGUUCCUGGCUCAUGUACAAGCUAUAGGAAAAAAUGACUGUCAUUGUAAUUUACCAAAUUUCAACCAGAUUAACAUUGAGAAACAAUACAUUUGUGAAAUUCUCAGGACACAGGGCUCAGAAGUCAUUCAGGGGUGUAAAAUGAAAGAAGAUCCUUUGCAACUUUGAGCCCUUGGUCGGAGAAUGGUGACCUGAUACAAUAAAAUGUUUUUGUACUUUUGUUUUUGCAACAUCUGGAACAGAAUCAAUCAAUAUUUUUUCAUAUGUAGAAAUUUAUCACAAAUUCUGAUCUACCAUCCUUAUUGUAUUUUAUGCUUUAUCUAGUGUUUGAAUAAUGUACUUUUUGUACUGUGUAAUGUGUAUAUAAAUAGAAAUUAUACUGUAGAUGGUAGUUGAAAGUGGCUGGCCCAUUUUUGCAAUAUUUGAAUUGAUACCAAUAUUUAAUUUGUAUUAAACAUAACAAAGUUGAUUUAAAUGUGUUAUAUGAGUAGUUUAUUUCAUUUUUAUGAUAGAAUUGCAUGUAAAGUGGGUACAUUAUUUAUACAAGUAGGCUUACAUUGUGCUGCCAUCUAUGCAUGAUUUCAUUGCUAAACAAAUUUUGAUGCUAAGGAUUCGACAAAAAGGAUGCUUGCCUCAAAAUAAAGGGCACAUGCUUUUAUGCAUGAGCUCUUAAGCAAAUUAACUGAAUAAUGUUAAAAUUAAUCUUCAUUGAAAAAAUUAAAUUGGACUCGGGAGACAGAGGUUGAUGAGCUUAUUCUCAGGAAAGGAUAUCUCUGUUUAAUUUGUAGGCGAUGCCACCGUACCUCAAAUAUAAUGUAAUAUGAUCAUAAUUUGAAUAUUAUUCAAAAUCAAUUUUAAUGGAAAAUUGGAUUAGAGAUCCAUAACUGUUUGCUGUCAAGCAAGAUGAAACUAUUCAGUUUGUCAGGACAUCAUUAGUCGACGUGUGUUGCUUGCAUGAUACGCAGAUCAUAGAUACACUUCAGCUCUCUUCUGCUUUUAUCAUACAUCUAUUGACUUUUAUAAACUGGCCAUUUUUCAUAGUAAAAAAACUUGAUUUUAUCAAAGUGCUUGGCUGAUACAAGAAUGGAUUUUCUUUCUAUGCUAAUUUCAAUUAAUUUUUGGGUGUAUUGUUUCUUGUUUGCAACAGAUGUGCGACACAAUCGUGAUGCAUUAACUGAUGACGAGGGCUGUUUUUCUGACAAUAGAUAUUUGCAAGCCAUUGAAAGCUACACCGUCACAUCUCAGCUUUUUGAACUUGUAGAUUUGUUCACUUGUAAAUAAUUAAGUAAAUACAUAGGCAAACAAUACUUACGUCCCACUAAAGAUUAUCAUUUUAGAUAUAUGUUUGAUCAGUUAUGGUCUUGACAAAAAGAACUUUGCAAGUCCAUGAAACAAUAUUCCAAAGUUGAAUUGUAUUUUUCCUAUGACAUAAUAAUGAUAAAAACAUCAAUAUUUUACAGUUUGUAAUUUAUGGAACUUUUGUUCCAUUUUAGAAACAUUUGGCCCAUAAUGGUAGUGGUACUAGGAGUGUUAAACUUCAUUUCUGAAUUAUUGCUACGUAGAUUUUUUAUAUCCGAUCUAGAAUAGAUAAUAAACAUAAAACAACAAAACA